AUGGUACAGUCUACUGUUUUAAUAUUCGCUUUAUUCUACCUAUCCGUUGACGGAAGUCGGGUCCCAUGCUGUCUGAAAAGCGGGGUUCCCUCGCAUUGCGCAACCGCGCUUUGCGACGCUAGCAAAGUUCCUGGAGAUAUGGAAAGGUACACUUUAUUCGAAGGAAGACGUUCCUGCGUCAGUCAUUUGCCGAAGAUUGCCGUUUGCAUCUCCGACGGACACGACUCUUUGGAUUGCUGCAAGAGCAACGCCGAAGAUGCUGAAGACGACGUCUGUUUCGGCUUGUGCACUGGCCAGAUGCAGGCAAGUGUUUCCAGAAGAGACUUCAAGUCAUGUUUCGCCGUCAACUCAGAAGCUAUUUUCAAGUGCUUACUCGAUAGUCAAACAAAUGCCCCUUCGGAACCAACAAAUUUUCGCUUUGAAAGAAAGUCUUCCUCUUCGGUACUAUUCAGUUGGACAUCUCCAGAGCGAAACUCUGCGACUGUCCAGGUCUACAAACUGCACAUCAUGAGCUAUGAAAAGGACGUCGAGGUUUUCGAAACUAUACACGACACAAAGCUAACAAGUCUUGAAGUCAAUAAUCUGAAGCCUGAGUUCAUCUACUCCGCAUUUGUUGUUGCUCACAGUGAGAAUAAAGCUGGAAAAGCAGAACUGAAAAGUGUUAAAUCUCCUGUUCUUCAUUUUUCGACGGCUCCGGAGGGGAAAACAUUGUCAAUCGAAAAGGUUUCUGCACCAGCUACAGCUCGAAGAACUUGGUUGUACUGCAAACUCCGCCUGUCCGUGGAUACAGUAGCCCACGUUCUAUGGGAAAAGGAAGUGGAUGGAAUCUAUCACAAGGUCGACGGAGAGAGGUUUUUGACGACGAGCUACAAAUCCGAAACAACUCCAGAAUACGUUUUAUCUGCACUGCAAAUCUCAGAUCUUCAAGCAACAGACUUCACCAAGUACCGCUGUCACAUAAAAAAACAGCGUCAUCAGUAUGGAAUGGUACGUAUUUCUCGAAAUUCAUAUGAGUAAUCAUCUGCAGGUCGAUCUUGUUGAGUCAUCGAUCACACAAAACACAGCGCCGGAUGCACCCAUUGACACUGUCGCCGAGUGCUGUUCAAAGGCACCGAUCAAAGGAAAGUGCAAGUCUGUCUGCACUUCCGCUAAAGUCUUCAGAAGAAGAACUUUGCGUCCAGGUUGGCUCGUUUACAUUUACUCCGAAAGAUGCAAGUAGAUGCCAUUUUCAAAAAGUUUGAUUUCAAUAAUUUAUAUGUUUAUCUUUUUCCCACUGAAAUUAAAUCAUUUUCAGAAACAGUUCUUUUACUUACAAACAUUGGAAGACCAAGCUUUUUCUUAGAUUGAAACCAUGAUGAUCAGAAGACAGUUCUAUUUUUAAAGGAAACCUUCUACCAAACCCAUCUUGCGUUGAAGAAUUCCAUACUCUGAUGCAGUGUGCUCUGUCCGACUUGAACAGCGCAGCAUGCUGCAUUCAUUCACAGGUACUAGGUAGAUGAUUUUUGAAUCUUUUCGUUUCUUUUUCAGGUUCCCUACAAGUGCUUGGGAAUGUGCGACAACAACUUCACAUUCGAUUCUAGCCGACAAUCCGAAUGUCUUGAGUAUUUCGGCGAGGUGAGGCCUUACUCAGAAAAAAUGAGGUCGCCUUGACUUUUGGUUAUUAGACUAACCAAUCAACAGAAAUUCGUCACUUCGCCCGUAGAACCCAACGAAACAGAACUACUAAGAAAAGAAAAAAAAUUUUCAGGCUUUCGCCUGUCAAUCGGCCAUCCUGCAGCCGCGACCAUCGCCGGUCUCUUUUGUUACAACAUCUUUUGACAGUUCCGCAGACGAGACAGUGUUCUCAUGGGAGCCCAGUGAAAAAACAAACGUAAAGCUUUCCAAAAACUCAAGUUUGAUCAAAAGUUUCAGGUUUACUAUGUGUUUAGUCGCAGCUCUGGAAAACCUUGGAGCCGGCAAACCAUAACUACUACGACAGCUCUGGUCAAAUCCGCUGAUGAGGUUUUCAUCUUCAGACCAUUUCACUUGAUAAUUUCUCAAUAAUUCAUGAAACACAUGGAACAGCGUAACUAAAACUGAUUGGAAUUCAAAUGAUAAACUAAAACUGUUGGUUUUAAUUACAUUGCCUUUUUUCAGUAUCAAGCUACUUAAUUUGAUCAAGGAAAUACUGAUCUGAACCCUUCAAAAACUUUUUCCAGGUUUCGAUAGUUGCAUCUAACGAGUAUGGCGUUUCUGUUCAAAACCGUCAAUAUUUGUUGGACGGCGAAUGGGGAUCUGGAGAUAUUUGA